AUGGAUGCGCUAAACGCGACCUCCUUCGCGUCCUUCAACCAAACCAAGGACUACUUUGUCGUCCUUGAGGAGGUUUCCAAGUACAAUGUCCAGCUCAACAUGGUCGAGAAACUCUGGGCCGCUUGGUACCUUUGGAUGCAGAACGACACUCUCGCCACCGGUAUCAUGAGUUUUGUCCUCCACGAGUUUGUCUACUUCGGCCGCUGCGUUCCCUUCAUGUUGAUGGACUACAUCCCCUACUUCCAGCAAUUCCGAAUCCAGAAGCAAAAAGUUCCCACCCUCAAGGAACAAUGGGACUGCGCCGCCAUUGUCCUCAUCAGCCACUUCACUGCCGAACUCCCUCAAAUCUGGUUCUUCCACCCCAUUGCUACCUACUUCGGCAUGGACUACGGUGUACCUUUCCCUCCCGUGUGGAAGAUGGCUCUUCAAAUCGCCAUCUGCUUCGUGAUGGAGGAUGCUUGGCACUACUGGUUCCACCGUGCCCUGCAUUAUGGUCCCCUCUACAAGGCCAUCCACAAGAUGCACCACACCUACUCCGCUCCUUUCGGUCUCGCCGCUGAGUAUGCUUCACCCAUCGAAACUGCUCUCCUCGGAAUUGGUGUCGUUGGAUGCCCUAUUGUCAUCCUCGCUAUCACUGGCGAGCUCCACCUCUUCACCAUGUACACCUGGAUUGUCCUCCGUCUUUUCCAGGCUAUCGAUUCUCACAGCGGCUACGACUUCCCUUGGAGUCUGCGCCACAUCCUCCCCAUCUGGGCUGGUGCCCAUCACCACGAUCUUCACCACGAGAAGUUCAUCGGCAACUACGCCUCCAGCUUCACCUGGUGGGACUACUGCCUGGACACCGAGGCCGGUGCUGACGCUCACAAGCGCCGCCGCGAGAAGAAGCUCGCUGCUAUCAAGGCUCAGAAGCAGCAAUAG